AGUGCUUCUCCUUCUCCGGCUUCUGGCUAGAACAGUUCAAAAUGUUUCAAAACUUUAGCCCGUGUAAAUACUUGCUGGCACUGAUCUUGGUUUUCACCUACCAUGCUGGUGGAACUACAGACGAAGACCCUCUUUUCAAAUGCUUACAAGACUCUGAUUAUGAUUACCUUCUGAAGCUAACAGAACAAGAUCUCCCUCCAUCGAAGAACCCUCAGCAUGUGGUAAUCGUCGGAGCAGGUGCUGCUGGACUCACUGCAGCCAAGUUCCUGGAGGAUGCGGGACAUGAGGUGACGAUUAUUGAGGCAAGUGAGCGUAUAGGUGGAAGAAUUCUAACACAUAGGGACAAAAAAGAGGGUUGGUAUGCAGAACUCGGUGCCAUGAGGAUCCCAAGUUUCCACAAGAUUCUUAGGCAUUUUGCACAAAAGCUGGGCCUGGAGUUUGGAAGCUUCGUACAGGACGAUGAAAACACUUACUAUUUUAUAAAUGGAUUUCGUUAUAAAACCUACACCGUAAAGCAGAACCCAGACAUUCUGAACUACCCUGUGUAUGACUGCGAGAAGGGGAAAAGUGCCAGAGAACUGUUUGACACGGCUUUGGGCAAGUUAAAAGAUGAUCUGCAGAAAAUGGGCUGUGAGAAAACAUUGAACAAAUAUGAUUCAUACUCAGUUAAGGAGUAUUUAGUUAACGUGGGAAAUUUGAGCAGAGGAGCUUUGCGAAUGAUUGGUGAUAUCCUGAAUGAGAACAGCUUCUUCUACACUGCCCUCACUGAGAUGCUCUACAUCCAGUGUGAUAUAAAUGACAAUGACACGUAUUCUGAAUUUAAAGGCGGCUUUGAAUCAUUCCCUAAUGCAUUGUACACUGUGCUAAAUGCCACAAUUCUUACACACUCAAAAGUCCAGGCCAUCAGUCAAACGCAGAACAACGUGACAGUUUCAUAUGAAGACCGUCAUAACCACGGCACCCUGACCAGCAUUACUGCCGAUUAUGUGUUGGUGACGGCCACAGCCAAAGCAACGCUCCUCAUUGACUUUAAGCCUCCUUUGUCGGCCGAAAAGAUGGAAGCACUGCGGUCGCUGCACUAUUCCAGCUCCACAAAAGUAGUGCUGAGUUUCAGCAAAAAGUUCUGGGAGAAUGAUGGCAUCCGGGGUGGGAAAAGCAUCACAGAUCUGCCAUCACGUUUCAUCCACUACCCCAGUCAUAAUUUCUCCGGGAUAUCAGGCGGCGCUGUGUUGGCUUCUUACACCUCCUCUGAUGAAGCUGCAUUCCUACAGACUAUAAAUGAAGAUGAGUUGAAGUAUCUGGUAUUGAAUGACCUCGUGAAGAUCCAUGGAGAACACAUCCGCCAGCUCUACACUGGGGGUGUUGUGAAAAAGUGGGGACUGGAUCCUUACAGCCAUGGCGCCUUUGCCAUCUUCACUCCAUUCCAGAUGAGAGACUAUAGUAAGUCUAUAGUCCAGAAUGAGGGGAGGAUUUACUUUGCAGGAGAGUAA